AUGAAAAGCUCCCUCAAUCUCGCUAUCUUCGUUUUGGUGGUGGCUUAUCUCUAUGGGCCUGUCUGUCACUGGCUUACCGUCCUGGGAGUCUUCCGGGCGGCCGCCGACGUCGUCACAGCGGAGGCCCAGAAGAUCCAUAAGAUCGAGGACACCAUGCAAUGCGAGGAUAUGCACUACCAUCAACCUUCGGGCUACAUCUUCACGGCUUGUGAAGACUCCUUCUUGCCUCGGUUCAAGUGGUUCCCACCCCUGGGUAACCUGGAGGGACCGGCUCCGUCGACCGGUUCGUUUCAUCUCAUUGAUCCCAAGACACUCAAGUCCAAGCGACUUGCGUUCGAAAACUUUUCCGGGCCCUUCGUCACGCAUGGCAUCGAUCUUGUUGACGAUCCGAACCGCUCGGGUGCCGUUUACAUCUAUGCCAUCAACCACUUGUCAAACCCGGACUACUAUGAGGGGCCCUCGGCUGAAGGCACCCCUCGGGCUCACUCCCAGAUUGAGCUGUUUCAUCAUGUGCUGGAGUCGAACACCGUUCGCCAUGUCCGUUCAAUUGCACACCCCUUGAUUGUCACACCGAACGACAUCUACGCCGAGAGCCCGUCCUCGAUACAUGUCACUAACGACCACUUCUACCGAGAAGGAAUCAUGCGCACGGUCGAAGAUAUCAUGCCGUUGGCCAAGUGGACCAAUAUCAUCCAUGUUAAUGUCGAUAUCACUCACUCGGGAAGCGCAGCUACGGGGAUUGAUGCUGUUGUAGCAUGCCAGGGGUACCGAAACUUUAACGGACUGGGACAUGGGCAAUCCAGCGAUGAGUUGCUGCUCAGCAGUGCCGCGGGGGGCAUCCUGUACCGUGCAAGGGCAAACCAUGGCAACCGCACUCUCUCGGUGCUAGAUGAGUUUGCGUUUGAGAGCACGAUUGACAACCCGAGCUACUAUCACGACCCUUACGCAACCGCUGAGGACAAUGCCAGUGGGUAUGUAGUCGGUGGUCUGUUGCGGGCAGUUGAUCUCCCCCAAUCUCGCCGCGACCCCACGGCUCAAGAAGGAGUCAUGGUGUGGCACUUGCGUCGUCAUGUCGGAGAAACGGCCGAGCCGGAAUGGGAAAAGCGUCUCAUCUUCGAGGAUGACGGAACCAAUAUCCGAACCGCGAGCACGGCCCUAUUACUUCCAGUGGAGCCCAAGGCUCAUGCGGACAAGACUGGGAUGCUAUUUGUGACGGGCUUUGUGUCGAAGAAUAUCAUUGCUGUCGAGGUAUCAUUAUAG